AUGAAAAAAGUUAUCUCGACGAUAUCAGCAAGUUUUACUGCAGAUGCACUUAAACUUAACGAUGCACAUAAACAAAUCAGGUCACGGAUUUCAGUAAAAGCUUCCAAUAUAAUCGGAAAAUUGCGAGAAAGAAAAAGGAUGAGAAAAGUGUCAAUAGUCAAUGUAUCGAGAUCUUCUCCCGAUUACAUUACAUCCUUCAGUGAACCAUGA